AUGGCAUACUAUCAAAGACCGGCUUCAGCCGCCGGUCACAAUCAGGACGAUCAAGACCUAGCCAAUCAAUACCCCCACUACCCCGAUCCGGAUCUCAUCGUCGGUAGCGGUGCCAAUACUUCCUUCGCCAACCCAUACGAAGCAUCUGCUGCUUCCCAUACAUCCCCUUUCUCUGACUCGCACGCUCCCACACCCAUCCUUCCUGUUUCACACCAGCCACAACAGCAUAUGAGCAUCAGCAUGGAUCAACAACAACGAAUGCCACAGUUGAGCGAGAACUUCUACAGUCAAGCUGCCUACGCACUUGCUAGUCCUCCACCUCCUGCGGCAAGGAUGGCUUCGUUACCGGAGUAUUCUCAGGCUGCGGCGGUGUCGUCGGUGGAUGGUGGGUAUAGUUACUAUGCGAACCAGACGCAGAGUGCUGCUGGCCACUACUCGUCUUUGGGACAUGGCGAAGCGGAGGAGGGAGAAGAGGAUGAUGAUGAUGCAGCAACAAAGUACUCCCCUGGUUCAGAGUAUCAUGAAAAGCAUGAGUACCAAGGGGCUGCAGCUUCUCCAUUUGGUAGGGCUGCUGGGAUGGCUUAUCUCCAAAGCCCCUAUGCUCAGGUUAAGGAUGAUGACGAUGAUGACGAUGCUGAAGACCCUUAUGGUGCCCUCACCCGCGAGACGGCUUUCGGUGGCGAUCCUAACAAUUUUUCCGGAGACCACAACCCAUACUCAGCAGGAUCCAGCUUUGCCACUGCUGGUGCUGGCCCCGGUCAAUUUGGAGACCACGCCUUCGACACACAACACUUCGGCCCCGCUCCCGCCCGCGGAGCACAACUCCGUCGUCACAAAACCAAGAAAAACGUCCGCCUAACAAAAGGAAACCUCAUUCUCGAUUGUCCCGUCCCCACCAAACUCCAAACCUUCCUCACCCGUCGAGCCGAAGAUGAAUUCACAACCAUGCGCUACUCGGCCGUUACUUGCGACCCGGACGAUUUCGCAGCUGAAGCCUUCACCCUUCGACCCGCUAUCUACGGUCGACACACCGAACUCUUCAUCGCUAUCACCAUGUAUAACGAAGAUGAAGUCCUGUUCUGUCGAACCUUUCACGGUGUGAUGAAGAACAUUGCGCAUCUCUGUUCCCGAAACAAAUCGCGCACGUGGGGGAAAGAAGGGUGGAAGAAGGUGGUGGUUGCCAUCAUUUCCGAUGGACGUAAAAAAAUUCAUCCUCGUGUGUUGGACUGUUUGGCAGCGUUGGGGGUGUACCAGGAUGGAGUGGCGAAGAAUAUGGUUGAUGGUAAAGAAGUUCAUGCUCAUCUGUAUGAGUAUACUACUCAGCUGUCGAUUGAUUCGAACUUGCAGUUUAAGGGAGCGGAAAGAGGGUUGGUGCCGAUGCAGAUUAUUUUUUGUUUGAAGGAAAAGAAUGCGAAGAAGAUCAAUUCGCAUAGGUGGUUCUUCAACGCUUUCUGUCCUAUCCUUCAACCGAAUGUUACGAUUCUGUUGGAUGUGGGGACUCGACCGGAGAACAAGUCGAUUUACUACCUCUGGAAGUCCUUCGAUCUCAACUCGAACGUAGCGGGAGCUUGUGGAGAGAUUUGUGCGGAAACCAGAGGGAAAUGGGGUGUGGGACCUCUUUUGCUAAACCCUCUGGUGGCAGCGCAAAACUUCGAAUACAAGAUCAGCAACAUCUUGGACAAGACUACGGAAAGUGUGAUGGGUUAUAUCAGCGUCUUACCAGGUGCCUUUUCUGCGUAUAGGUAUAUCGCAUUGCAGAAUGACGAAUUCGGCCAUGGACCCUUGGCGUCUUACUUCAAGGGGGAGAACCUUCUUGGAGCAGACGCUGACGUUUUCACCUCCAACAUGUAUCUCGCUGAAGAUCGAAUCCUUUGUUUCGAACUCGCAGCGAAACGUGGACACGGAUGGGUUCUCAAGUACGUCAAAUCAGCCAGAGGAGUAACCGACGUCCCCGAGGGUCUACCCGAGUUCAUCUCCCAACGUAGGAGGUGGUUGAACGGAUCCUUCUUUGCGGCCGUGUAUGCGCUUUACCACACUGCGCAGUUCCUUAGGUCUGGGCACAAUGGUUGGAGGAAAGCAUUGUUGGUGUUCGAAAGCCUUUAUUCGUUCAUCAACAUGUGUUUCGCCUGGUUUGGGUUGGCCAACUACUACAUCUUUUUCCGGAUCCUUACGACUUCCCUCGAAGACCCCGCAUUCAAGCUUGGCGGUAUUGGAGUGUUUAACGUCUUCAUGCAGUACAUCUAUCUGGGAACGGUGGUGGCAAGUUUCAUUUUCGCAAUGGGCAACCGUCCUCAGGGAUCGAAAUGGAAGUAUUGGGCCGCAGUGAUCAUUUUUGCCCUUCUCACAGUGUAUAUGAUGGUCGCAGCGGUUCUUUGCAUUAGCAAGGUAGUGAAGAGGGUGGAACAUGAUGUGAUUUACGCACAGAUGGUGGUCUCACUCCUUGCCACCUACGGUGUCUAUCUUAUUAGUUCCCUCCUCGCUUGCGAUCCAUUGCAUUUGGUGACAAGCUUCUUGCAGUACUUGCUGCUGGCUCCUACCUACAUCAACAUCCUCAACAUCUACGCCUUUUGCAAUCUCCACGAUUUUUCUUGGGGCACAAAAGGUGAUACUGCCGUAUCCAAGGAUCUCGGAGCAGUCGUUUCUACGGGUAAAGGAACCGUCGAAAUCACCCUGCCCACAGCUCAAGCCGAUAUUGACACCGCUUACGACGACGCGCUAAACAACCUCCGUACCCGUCCGAUGAUCAUUCGCGGCGACGCAAGUAACGAAGAGAAGGCGGCCAGACAGAUGGAUUACUACAAGAAUAUCAGGACGAAUGUGGUAUUGGCUUGGGCGUUGAGUAACGGUGUAGUGGCGGCCUUCAUUUUGAGUGGCGAUGCGACUUCGACGUUCGAUUCGGGUUCGGGAGUGACGAGGACCAAGGUGUAUAUGGUGUUGGUGUUGGUGUUCGUGGCCGGAAUGGCUUGUAUCAGGUUCAUCGGUUCGACGCUGUACUUGACUAUCCGACUUAUUAACGGGUAG